GCCAGUGAGUAGUGGCAGUAGUCUUCAACUUAUCCAACUUAUAUUGAAUUGGUUAUUCGUACCACAAUAAUUAAAUUAUGAUGUGAAGAAAUUAUGGAGGGAUUGUCUAGUAAGGAGAAUGGCUUAUGUGUAGCAGCAGAGGGUAUGAUAGAUACCAGGCCAUUAGAUGAGGCAAGUCAUUCAGUGCCAAAGUGUGUGUUGCUUGAACAAUGUUCUACAGCUAAUAUAGAGAUGGCUGCGUCAGAUGAGAAAGAACUUGAUGCAGAGGUUAAAGAUUUUGUAACUACUUUAAAACCAACAGAACACAGUUACUUUAUGAUGAAAUCCCAUGGCCUUGUGGUUGGAAAAUAUGAUACUUUACUUGACUGUUUUAUUGAACCUACUGAUCCUCUACUGAAUGGAUAUAUUGUACGAAGCAUGCAUAUCUCCACUGUGAAAAAUGCUACUUUUAAGUGCAGACAAAUAGCACAGAAACUUGGACUGAUAGACAUUAAUAAUUUGGAAGUUUUUAAAAGGUAUAGAUUUGCUGUUACUUAUCUUAUGAAAAAAAACAAGGACUUAAGAAGAAGGACAACUGCUAACUGGUACAAACUAGUUGAGCUUUUCAAAACACCUUUUACUUUUAACAGUUUUGGUAGAGUAAUAAGCACUGUAACUAGUGCAUUAUCCACUGAGGAAUCACAUAACACUAAUAACAGUCAUCUAGAGCUUGUUGAAGUAGAAGUAAAUACAUCUGGUUUGGAGAUUUCUUCUACUCAGGAAGAUGACACUAGUGUGGAUGGGGAGACCAUUAUUAAUACUAGUCCAUUAUGUGUGCCAGGUUUUUUCAAAUCUAGUGUUAAUCCAAGUUUUUCUUCUGCUGAUAAACAAAUAGAUGAGAAAAGUAAACGUAGCAUUAGAGCUAAACAUAGGCUUUGGUUAAAAACAAACAGUUGUUCUAGGUGUCAUUUGAGCAAUCAAGCACUGCUCAAGAGUAAAAACAGAAUCAGAGACCUGAGAAAAAUAUGUCGCUCUCAGCUGUCACCUAAAAUAGAAAGUAUGCAACAAAUUAUAAGCAAUAAAUCCAUGGAGAUUGAGAAGCUUAAAUUAAAGAUCAAAACGCUAGAGACCAAGAAGUUAAAAUCUGAAUCAAAAAGUGAUUUAACACUUUCUUCUUUAGAUAAGGAGAAGGGUGAACAGCCCACAACUUCUACACAGGAAGAAUUAAGGGUAUUAAAAAUAAUGCAUACAGCGCUGCAAAAUAAAAUGCAAUUAUUUAAUGAAAUAAAUGAAAAAAAUUUGCUUGCUUUUGUAAACAAGUUGAAAUCAAAUAACAUUGAAAUAGAAAAACUGAAGGCAGAGAAUGAAAAGCUGGUUGAAGAAAAAAACACAUUGAAUGAUAAGCUUUCUACUGAGUUAAUUUUACCUUUUGAUUGUAUUCAUUCAAUAGAAUAAGCAGAUUAAAAGCAGAAUGGUCAAUGUUUGGCUAUGUUUAAGUUUUGUUGAGUGUUUUUCUGUUACCCAAUCAUUUACUAUUCCUUGAAAAAAAGUAAACAGACCAUUGUAGAUAUGCAUGAAAAAUAAAAGUAUUUAAAUUGUAUUCACAUAUUUGCCAAAUAGUUAGAAGUUAAAGAAUAAGCUGUGUGUACUGUAUUUUUUUUAAUAUGGAAAUAAAUUGUUGGAUUACUGAUGAAGCACGUAACACAAGUUUGAAUCAGAAUUCUUCUGUAUGAUUUUUCUUUCACUGGUAUUAUUGGUAUUUGAUUUUUAAUGGCUGCUUGGACUACUGAAUCUAAUUUUUAAAGCUAUUUUUUGCUACCUAAAUAUAUAUAUAGUUAUAGAUCCAUGUUGGAGUAGUUGACAUAUUUCAUUCAGUGAGUUGGUGUCCGUGUUCUUCUAGUAGGUUGAUGAUUUUUUUUACAAAUAGAGUUCUUAUCAUUCCAGAGUUGCCUGAUAUGAAAAGAUUUUUUUGAGUGAACAAUACAUUUAACAUAUUGAAACCUGUAACUGUAAACUGUAAUUAAAGGAAAUGAAAUGUAUUCAUUUUCUUGUUGUUACAUUGCAUAUGUUUUAAAUAAAGAUUGUUAUAAA